AGGGGAUGGAGCAUGAAGGGGGAAGGGGGCCCAGAAGGAGCCUCUGAGUUGUGGUAUUCUCCUGCCUUUUCCUAGAGACCUGAUGGAUGUAGUCACAUUCCAGCUGAACUUUAUAAAUGAUCUUUCAGUCCAAGGCCAGAAACAGGCCUACCUGUGCUAUGAGGUAGAGCUCCUGGACUGCAACUCCAGGGUCCUACUGAAUGACGAUAGAGGCUUCCUGUGCAACCAGACAGGCUGUCAUGCAGAGUUGUGCUUCCUGGACCAGGUUCCUUCUUGGCAGCUGGACCUGGUGUUGUGCUACAGGGUCACUUGGUUCAUCUCCUGGAGCCCCGGCCCUGACUGUGCCCAGGAAGUGGCUGCCUUCCUGCGGGGGAACAGCCAUGUGAGCCUGAGCAUCUUUGCCUCCUGCAUCUAUGACUCUGUGGAAGGAUAUGAGGAGGGGCUGUGAUCACUGCAGGGGGCCGCCCGCAUCACCAUCAUGACCUCCACAGAGUUUGGGCACUGCUGGAAAACUAUUGUGGACAACCAGGGAAGGUUCUUUGAGCCCUGGAAUAGGCUGGAUGAAAACAGUUCCUUGCCACGUGGGUUCCCAACCUGUCCACUGCCUCCUUCAGGACCAGGGAGAGUCUCUAUAGGAGGUGGUUGCAGGAUGGGAUCUCAAGUAACAACAUCAUCCAGGUGCGACAUCCCAUCACCUUGGUCACUUUCUGUUGUUAGAAGGAAGUCACAGGACCUGCCACACUCAAAGGGAAGGGACAACACAAGGUGUGAACCCAGUGGGAGAGUAACUGGGUCACCUGAGUCUGUCUGUCAUCCUUCCCAAUGGCUGGUGUGUGGUCUGCCCCUCCUGCCAUCUGAGUCAGGAGAGCAGGUAGGGCUUCAGGAAUAAUGACAAUGACAACAAUGGCGAUAAUGACAACGAUCAUCGUAACUGCAAUACAGCUUCUUGUGAGCAGAGGAGUUCACA